AUGCUACCGCCAACGAAUAUACGACAUGUUAUAGGUGGCAAACCCAUGGAUCUUCGAUUUCAAUUUUAUGCUGAUUUAUUUGAUGUUGAUCUUUCAACAUUAAUUGAAUGUACUCUUCCGUCAACCUUAUUUAAAUUGAUCAUCAUCAACUUAACAAUAAAUGAUAAAACAUCAACAACAACAAUUGAUAAUAAAAUAAAUAAUAAUUUAAUUUAA